CCGAACAUCAGCCACCACCGCGAACGCGACCCGAACAGCGAUACCCGGGAACCUUGCCUCUUCACCAGAGAUGGCCAGAAAACGCGUCGUAUCAUCUGACAGCGAGUACAGUGACGCCAACAGCGAUGAACACGAACCAGGGUCCAAGACGUCUGCCACGACGCAAGCAAAGAGAACAAAACGCGUUACAAGUAUCAAGAAGGCCAGAACGAAACGCGCGAAGCUUGAUACCGAAGAACCAGAAGACGAGCUUGAAGAUACGUCUAUACCUGCAACAGCAUCAGGGCCACCUCACCCAGCUGCUAUACACGUCGUGGCCGAACCUGUGCCUAUUCGAGAAGCAUUGCUCGGAUGGUAUGAAGGGGUACAUGAAUCCCGGGGUAUGCCAUGGCGGAAACCUUAUCACCCAAGUAUGAAUGCCGAUGAACGCGCACAGAGGGCCUAUGAGGUGUGGAUUUCCGAGAUCAUGCUUCAACAGACUCAAGUCAACACCGUGAUACCGUACUAUAAUAGGUGGAUGGCAAAGUUCCCGACAAUCAUGGAUUUAGCAGCAUCCGACAUUGAGACCGUCAAUGGCCUCUGGAAAGGCUUAGGCUACUACUCGCGCGCCGCCCGCCUACUGAGUGGUGCCAAAAAGGUCGUAGAGCAAUUCGACGGCCGCCUGCCCGAUAACGCAAAAGACUUGGAGACGCACAUACCGGGAAUCGGUAGGUAUAGUGCUGGAGCUAUUUCCUCAAUUGCAUACAAUCAGUGUGUCCCUGUUUUAGACGGGAACGUGCACAGGCUUCUCAGCCGUCUACUGGCACUCCAUGCACCGCCAAAGGGGAAACAGACCCUUGAUCUCCUUUGGGGUGGAGCGACAGACUUAGUAGACGGCUGCACGCGUCCGGGAGACCUCAACCAGGCCCUGAUUGAAUUGGGAGCCACUGUAUGCAAGGUUCGUGAUCCACAGUGUUCCUCCUGUCCCGUGAGGCCGUGGUGCCACGCAUACAAAUUGCAGAGCGCUUCAGACACGAAGGCGCCGGGAUCCGGGGCGUCGAACGGUGAAGACCAAGUAGGAGAUAUCGAGGAACUUUGUGCGCUAUGCGAACCGCUGUCGGCUGGCAGCCCGGUGACGAGUUUCCCGAUGAAAGUAGUCAAGAAGAAAUCCCGAGAAGAACUAGACAUCGUGAACGUUAUCGAGUGGCGUCACCACGCCGAUGGCGAGCGGUGGUUCUUGCUAGUUCGGCGUCCAGAAGGCGGUCUUCUGGCCGGCCUGCACGAAUUUCCCACCGCGUCCAAUGUCCCUGUGACUACGACGUCCGCAGAACAGAUCGAGAUACCACACACGCUUUUGUCUGGCAUCCUCGCCGUUCCACUCCCGCAAUAUGCCGCAAGAACCUCGGCAGAUCAGACGUACAAGGCAUCUUCCAGCUCGGAAGGCUCGAGCACACUGCGGAUCGUGAAGGUUGCUCCUGCCGGCGAUGUCAUCCACAUUUUCUCCCACAUCAAGAAGACGUAUCGGAUACAGUGGGUCGUUUUGGAAGGUGGCAGCGCUGAGCCUCCGUGCCUGGCACCGCUAAGCCUACCUGCACCGGUCGGCGGUCCUACUAAGCGCGCAGUCAAUGCGGAUGGCAAGAAGUCGUCUAAGGUACGGAAGGCUCCGUCCAAGGCCGGACAGCCUAAGGCUCUCCAUUCUGAGGCGCCCGUACAGGCGAUGUGGAUGCCCAUGGACGACGUCAUCAACGCUAACAUUGGCACCGGAGUCCUCAAGGUCUGGAAUCAGACCCGUAAGCUGUGGGGGAAUGUCAGCUGAUCCCUGGCCAUGUGUUGACGAACACCGCGCGGACGAAAUGUUCUGCCAAGCAGCGACAAGCAUGUAUGCACCCUUUCGUGGAUGGUACGCACAAUAAUGUACAGAUGGAGGAGAUUUCAAGGGGAUGCUAGCCGUCCUUGACUAUCAUGAUCCGGUCAUAACGG